AGGACCAACAUUUGUUCGAGCCAUCGCAAACGUAACGGCCCCAGUGGGAAGAGAUGCUGUUCUUGAAUGUGUGGUGGAGCACCUCUCAAACUACAAGGUCGCAUGGCUACAGGUCAACACUCAGACUAUCCUGACAAUAGCCAUUCACGUGAUUACAAAGAACCACAGAAUAGCAGUGACACACAGUGAUCAUCGGGUUUGGUACUUGCACAUAAAGGAUGUAAAAGAGAGUGACGAGGGUGACUACAUGUGUCAGAUUAAUACCGACCCAAUGCUGAGUCAAGUCGGACGUCUCAAAGUUGUUGUACCUCCCGACAUUCUCGAUUAUCCAACGAGCACCGAUAUGGUUGUGCGAGAGGGUAACAAUGUAAGUCUCCGCUGUGCAGCAAAUGGAUCGCCAACGCCCAAUAUCACUUGGAAACGUGAAUCCACUGAAAAGAUAGCACUUUCCACUGAUGAAAAAGUUUCGAGCGUUAAUGGAUCAUUUCUCAAUAUAACGAAAGUAAAUCGUCUUCACAUGGGGGCCUACCUGUGCAUCGCCUCCAACGGCGUUCCUCCCACCGUCAGCAAGAGAAUAAUGCUCAUUGUCCACUUUCCACCGAUGAUUAUGAUUUAUAAUCAGUUGUUGGGAGCUGAGGAAGGAUCGCAAGCAACGCUUGAGUGCCACUUCGAAGCCUUUCCCAAAUCUAUCAAUUACUGGACGAGGGAGAAUCGUGAUGAUAUCAUAUCGAGUGGGGAAAAAUACGAUGUCUCCAUAUCAGAUAAUCUCCACGUUGAUGCAUACAAAGUGCACAUGAAUCUUACCAUUAAAGAAAUUGCACCGGAUGACUACGGCUUUUACAAAUGUAUAUCCAAGAAUUCACUCGGCACCACAGACGGAAGUAUCAAAUUAUACAGGAUCGAUCGACCAACCACUACACCGACCACCACAACGACUACCACAACACCUCUAUCUACCGUAACAGUGGAUAAUAAAACAAAGGCUCGACCAAAACCGCCUCCGACGAUCGCCACGAAUUUUAAUGAGAUCAUCGAUACAUCCAAAUCUGUAGCCAAUGAAAAACGAGGUGCGCAAUUGGUGGAGGGGCCUAAUACGAAUGCAAAGACAGGAAGGAAAAUAAAUGACGCGGGAAUACAGCCCGAUAAAACAGCGCAAUCAAUGUCAUCGAGAAAUUCCGCAAUUUUGUCAUUCAUGUCUUCGAAUGUUCUUGUAUUCGUUAUAAUAUUUAUAGCAAUGUUAUGGUGAUUACUGGUAUGGAAAUAGAAAUGAAAAUUAUUUAGAUUCGUUCAGGAGUUAUGAGAAAUGUAGAAAUAAAGUCUUGACAUUUUUUUUCGCCUGUGAAAACGUUUCGAUUGGGUUUUUAUCGAAAGAAAAUCUCAAAAUGUCAAUUUAUUUCUGCACGCUUGAAUUAAUAUCAGAGUUGAAUCGGGGAACAAUAAUUACGAAUUGUGAGAACAACUCAUGAAUUAAGAAUAAAAAAUUGAAAGUCCAUUACUUGCACGAUAAUGCGUUGACAAUUUUUCAGAUUUUAUAAGAAUUAUGAUUGUUUUGUUAAUUUUUCAAUGUUGAUUAUUCAUGAUGUUAAUUUUCCAAAUUUUAUGAUUCUCUUGUGAUUUCUCUGAUGUUUGAUAUAAAUGGAUAAUUAAAAUUUUUUGAGACGAACGAGAUGAACGACAAAAUUGAAAAAAUCUCGAUAAAUAAAAAAAAAAUAUUUGUUGCAAUAAAAAAACGAAAGUAGUUUGUACAUUCCUCUCAAUCAAUGUGCUAACAAUCCUCUGUAAAUAUUAUAAAAAAUCAAAUUGGAGAAUUAAUUAUACUCCAAUUGAUAAAUCAAUUUGUAAAUACGGAAAUCAUCGGUAAAAUAAUUAAUAACCAUUAAUGAUGUUUAUGGCAACCUUCACACUCCCACGUGAAUAAACUGUAAAUAUUAAUCGUACGUUCUAAUCACUUGCCUGUCAUUAGUUGGAGCAAUGAGUGUGUCGAUUCUGUAAAUAAUUAAAUGGAAAUAAUAUUAUGAGAUCAAUCAAUGAUAAUUGAAUAAUUGUGUUGAUACUUUUAGUUAUUCGAGAUUUAAGGCUUCGAAUUUUAACGAUAAACUGAAAAAAAAACACCAAACUUGUUUCAUCACUCAAAUGAUUAAUUAAAUUAAUCAAAUUGGCUUUCAAUGUUCGCACAAAGUGACGAAAAAAGCCGUGUAAAUAUUUGGCUAAAACAACUGCACUCACUUUGUACAAUUAAUUAAAAUUCCUGAAGUGGAGUUCAUUGAGUAAUUGAUUUUAUUUGUCACGAAAAGUCAGUGAAUUUUCCCCUCAAUCAAAAACAUCAACGAGUUAGUUCGAAAAUAAUUAUUACAUUUUGUUUCAAUAAAUAUCAAUUCAUCUUUCUGUUGCGGCCAAUAAUGGAGAAGAAUUAGAAUUAAUUAGCAACAUUUAUGUAGCAAGAUUGUAGAGGAAUUCACUAGACUCAAUAAAUACCAGCGUUUUUAAUUUGAGAGAAAUGCAAAUUAAAAUAAGGACAACUUGUGAACUACUUUAAAGAUCGACGAUGUGUGUUGUACAUAUAAAAAAAUUAUAAAUACAUGUUUAUUUAUUGUAA